AUUAUUUAAAAUAUAAUUACUGAACAUUUGACGUUUUAAUUGAAUUUAAAAAUAAAAAUUUAUUGAAUUUAAGAUAAUCUUAAAAAGUUGUAAAAGGAAGAGGAUUUUCAGCAUCUGAAAUAAUAUUGUGUAUAUUAGUAAUCAUGUAAUGUUCAUAUGUUUAUAAGACACCCAAGUUCACUCUACUGGCUAUAUAAAAAGAAAGUGGAAGAGAAAGCAGAAGCAUUAUCUCAAUCCUUUUCUUCUUUAUCAUACAAAAGCAGUUUUAUCUUUACAAUUCCUCAAUCAAACCUACAAUCAACACAAGAUGUGGCUCUCCAAUAACUUUAAAAAAAAAAAAAGCACAUACAAACAUACACAUAUCUUAAUGCAUAAGGCAAAAUAAUCUAUAAAAUCUUUCAUUUCCUUUCCUUCAUGCAGUAGUACUGAAACAUCAGCAAGAAAAAAGAAAAAAGAAAUGUAUGUGACAAGGCCUCUUUCCUUGUAUAGGAACUGCCCAAGUGCCCUUUCAGCAGACCCACCAGAAGGUCCAUACACAGGCUAUCUGGUAAUUACAGAUGAAGAAGCUGAAGCACAUGAUACAUAUUGUUUUGGUGCUUGUAAGAAAAAAAGGGUUCAAAAGCUUCCUUUUCCUCAAGACAAGAUCUUAAAUGUAGUUCAUUUUUCUGACUAUAAAGAGACUUUAGUUAAGAAAGUUUGGUUUCUCCCAGUACUUGAUCAGUCUCUAUCUUCUAAUUGCUACUAUGUCAUCAAGGCUAAAGGCAGAUUCAAAGGGCAAGCAUGCACGUGCUCCAGGGAUAUGGACAUGGGAUUAUGUUGCUUUAAGAAAGUGAUAAAUGACAUCAAACCAAAACCAUUAGAUCCAAGAAACAUAUACCAGAAAUUCAAGAUUCAUCGCCAUCAUGGGAGGAGCUUCUUUGCUAAAUCUCUUGCUCCUUAUGGCCAUCCUCCAAAACUGCUAAGAGACAAGGGAUGGAAAGUUAGAAUUUCAAGAUCAAGAUCCUACAAAAAUAAAUUUCAACUGAGUGAGGCUCUAGGCCUUGAUGCCACUCUCAGAACUCAACUUCCCAGUUUUGAUUUUCCUAUCUCUAGCAAGAUUUCACCUUCUGUUGUUGUUGGAACAUGGUACUGCCCAUUUGUGUUCAUAAGGGAAGAAGCAAGAAUAAAGGAGCAAAUGAAGAAGUCAAUGUUAUAUAAGAUGACACUUGAGCAACACUGGGAAGAAAUUUACUCAUGGGAAAAUGGUAACAAUGGAAGCAAUAUUGAUUUGAUUGUUAAUGCCAAUGUACAAAGAGAAAUGGAUUUUGUUUUUGGGAUGGAGGCCAUAAAGGAUGAUACAAUGGGUCAUGGUGGGUUCAUUUGGUACAAAGUGAUUGGAAAUAGAAAUAAUAGAGGGAGAGGGUUUAGUGUGGGUUUAAGUUUUGGAAUUGUAGAAAAAAUGAAAUGGGUGCAAGAAGGAGGAGGAUGGGUUGAUGGAGGAGCAGAAGAAGGGAGUGUGAGAAUAGAAAGAAGAGUACGAAUUAGAAGUGAAAAUGGGUGGAGGAGACUUGGGUGUUAUGUGUUAGUGGAGAGGUUUGUCUUGAGGAGAUUGGAUGGAAGUUUGGUGCUGAAAUGUGAUUUUAGGCACACUGAUAAAAUCAAAUGCAAGUGUGAAUAAGCUCUUUCUAGUUUUUGUAGUGCAAUUUAAAUGGUACUACUUGGGUAAUUUUAACUGUUGGCCUCCAGGGUUCAAAUCUUGAAAAAGAAAAAAAAAAGAAAAAAGAAAAAUCAGUUUCCUUUG